AUGGAGAAGCUAGUGGCAUGCAUUGCUCAGACCACAGUGGCGUUUGGAGAUGGGGUGCUGUCCACCAAGGACACCUGCAUAGGGAGUGAGAUUUGUGCUGAGCUGUGGAACCCCAGGAGUCCACAUGUUGACAUGGGUUUAGAUGGUAUUGAGAUCUUUACCAAUUCCUCUGCAAGCUACCAUGAGCUACGUAAGGCUGACCACAGGGUGAACUUGGUCAAAUCUGCCACCACUAAGAGUGGAGGGAUCUAUCUAUUUGCCAAUCAGAAGGGUUGUGAUGGAGACCGUCUGUACUACGACGGGUGUGCUAUGAUUGCCAUCAAUGGAGAUAUUGUUGCCAGAGGAGCGCAGUUCUCACUCAAGGAUGUAGAGGUUGUCACAGCCACUCUUGAUCUGGAAGAUGUUCGGAGCUAUCGAGGAGAGAGGUGUCACCCACACAUGGAAUAUGAGCACAAACCUUAUCAGAGGAUCAAAACAGACUUCUCUCUGUCUGACUGUGAUGACAGGUGUCUGCCCACACAUCAGCCUGUGGAGUGGAUUUUCCACACCCCAGAAGAAGAGAUCAGGUAACUUCAACAGGGAAAAAAAUGAACCUACAUAUAUGAUCUCUACAUUUAAAGGAAAAGUUCACCCAAAAAUAAAAAAUUACUGACAAGUUCCUCUCCCUCAGGACAUCUAAGAUGUAGAUGAGUUUGUUUCUUCAUGGGAACAGAUUUGGAGAAAUGUAAUUCUCAGGUUCUGGAGGAUGUGCAGCGGGUGGUCAGCGAUUCGUCCUACAGGCCUGAGGACCCACAUGAGCUGUGUGGACGCCUCUUUACCACAUGCUACAUGGCUAGUGAAAACUCCUCUGAAGACACUCGCAACAGAGCCAAAGACCUCGCUGCUCAGAUCGGCAGCAAUCACCUAAAUAUCAAUAUUGACUUGGCAGUAAAAGGCAUACUGGGAAUCUUCUCUAUGGUCACAGGGAAGUGGCCUCAGUUUCGUGCUAAUGGAGGAAGUGCCAGAGAGAACCUGGCACUGCAGAACGUCCAGGCUCGUAUCAGGAUGAUUUUGGCCUACCUCUUUGCCCAGCUGUAUCUGUGGGCUCAGGGAAAACCUGGUGGUCUCUUAGUUCUUGGUUCAGCAAACGUGGAUGAGAGCUUGACUGGAUACUUCACAAAGUAUGACUGCUCCAGUGCUGAUAUCAAUCCCAUUGGAGGUGUUAGUAAGAUGGACCUGAAGUGCUUUUUGCAGUACUGUGUAAAACGCUUCCAUCUCACUGCCCUCAUAAGCAUUUUGGAUGCUCCACCAACUGCAGAGCUUGAGCCACUGACUGAUGGCAAGAUCGUCCAGACUGAUGAGGCUGACAUGGGAAUGACCUACUCAGAGCUAUCUGUGAUUGGCAGACUCAGGAAGAUCUCCAAAUGUGGCCCAUACAGCAUGUUUUGCAAGCUGAUUCACUCAUGGAAAGAGACCUUCACUCCCUCGCAGGUGGCUACUAAAGUGAAACAUUUUUUUAGGAUGUACUCAAUCAACAGACAUAAGAUGACAACAGUAACACCCUCUUAUCAUGCUGAAAACUACAGUCCAGAUGAUAACCGUUUUGACCUCCGUCCUUUCCUUUACAACACACAGUGGCACUGGCAAUUCCGCUGCAUCGACAAUGAGGUGGCUAUGAUGGCGUGAUAUGGAAGGUGUAUGUACAACUGUUAUCAGAAGCCAUUGAUCCUUGGUCCAAAGAUUCAUCUCGGCCGCUGAUGUUAUAGUGAGCGCUCAGCAGUUCUCUGCACUCUUUCUGUUUGGCUGCACAUGCACUGCAACUUGUUCUAGUUAUUGUUUUUCUUAGGAUGUAUAAAUCCUAAAUAAUGUCUUCAGUUAUGUUCGCAUUAUAAUGCAAAUAAUCAGGUUUGCGAUUAUUGAAAUUGUGUAUGGUAAUGGUUGUUUAAAAAUAAAACAAUACAUGAAAUUGUUCAUAUGCAGUUACUGUUAAAUAAGAUAUCUAUAACUUGUACUUUCAUAAUCUUUCAUUGAAUAAUUUGCCAAGAAACAAC